AUGAUAAUAAAAGAAACUGGCGAUGAAGUGUUAGACGAGAUACAGAUGUUCCGCGCCGAAAUCGAUUCAGCCUGGUCGGAAAUAAUGAAUAUCCAAAUCAUUCUUAGUCCGCCUAGCCAACAACGCGAUAAUCCAUUCAGUAGUAUAUUUCGACAAAGACGUCAUAUGUUCUCCAACUUGCCAUCCUAUUGCAUAUGUGAAUUACCGAAAGCAGUUUGUCCUCCCGGACUACCGGGACCUCCUGGUCCAUUCGGCCAGAAAGGACAGCCGGGUUUACCUGGAUUACCCGGAGAAGACAAUACGGUAAUCUACCCAUCAGUAACUUGUCCGCCACAAGAUGUGCCUUGCGUCAAAUGUCCGGCUGGCCCCCUUGGUUUACCCGGAUCAAAUGGACCAAGAGGUUCCGAAGGUCCAGCUGGAAUUCCAGGACAGCCAGGACAUCCGGGUCUUGCUGGACUACCAGGACUACCAGGGCCAUGCGGUGAUGCUGGUUUACCAGGAUCGCCUGGUGUUGUUGGUCCGCGCGGUCCACCAGGCCAAGACGGAUUGCGUGGAAGAGGAAAAGCAGGACCAGAAGGAAUAUCAGGCUUACCAGGGUCUCAAGGGGAACCUGGAUCGGAUGGACAGCGAGGAAAUGAUGGAAUACCAGGGCCAGUAGGACCACCAGGACCUAUUGGUAUGCCAGGUCGGCCGGGAAUGAACGGACUUCCGGGAGCACCUGGUAGAAAAGGUCUUUCUGGAAAUGACGCCGCUUAUUGCCCCUGUCCGCCACGAUCUACCGGAUACUACAGUCGAUUUGUGCAGUGA